CAGGGCCCCUUUGAUUCCUUCAUGGUCCAGUAUGAGGACACGAACGGGCAGCCCCAGGCCUUGCUCGUGGACGGUGACCAGAGCAAGAUCCUCAUCUCAGGCCUGGAGCCCAGCACCCCCUACAGGUUCCUCCUCUAUGGCCUCCAUGAAGGGAAGCGCCUGGGGCCCCUCUCAGCUGAGGGCACCACAGGAGAUCCUGCUCCCGGGAGGGGUCACAUCUCACCAGCUCCUUGGCCUCUUUCCCUCCACCCCCUACAAUGCACGGCUCCAGGCCAUGUGGGGCGAGAGCCUCCUGCCGCCCGUGUCCACCUCUUUCACCACCGGUACCUGGACGCACGGGCCGGGGCCGGGGACUGGGUGGGCAGCCACGGUCUAAGGCUUGGACCUUGGACCCUGCUCUCCUCUCCCCAGGUGGGCUGCGGAUCCCCUUCCCCAGGGACUGCGGGGAGGAGAUGCAGAACGGAGCCGGUGCCUCCAGGACCACCACCAUCUUCCUCAACGGCAACCGCGAGCGGCCCCUCAACGUGUUUUGUGACAUGGAGACUGACGGGGGCGGCUGGCUGGUGGGUGGCAUUGGGAAACCCAGGAGUCUGUGCAGGGCAGGGGCUGUUGCCCCGGGAGCCAGAGGCUGAUGGUGCCCCCACUUUCUUCCCAGGUGUUCCAGCGCCGCAUGGAUGGACAGACAGACUUCUGGAGGGACUGGGAGGACUAUGCCCAUGGUUUUGGGAACAUCUCUGGGGAGUUCUGGCUGGGUCAGUACCUCACAGGGGUUGGGGAAGUACGGAUGGGGAUGGGGGCCCUGUGGACACCAGGACUCUGAUGAGGUCAUGUCUCCCACCCCCAGGCAAUGAGGCCCUGCACCGCCUGAAGCAGGCAGGUGACUGCUCCAUGCGCGUGGACCUGCGGGCCGGGGACGAGGCUGUGUUCGCCCAGUACGACUCCUUCCGCGUAGACUCGACUGCGGAGUACUACCGCCUCCACCUGGAGGGCUACCACGGCACCGCAGGGGACUCCAUGAGCUACCACAGCGGCAGUGUCUUCUCUGCCCGUGAUCGGGACCCCAAAAACUUGCUCAUCUCCUGCACUGUCUCCUACCGAGGGGCCUGGUGGUACAGGAACUGCCACUAUGCCAACCUCAACGGGCUCUAUGGGAGCACAGUGGACCAUCAGGGAGUGAGCUGGUACUACUGGAAGGGCUUCGAGUUCUCGGUGCCCUUCACGGAAAUGAAGCUGAGACCAAGAAACUUUCGCUCCCCAGCCGGGGGAGGCUGAGCGGCUGCCCACCUCUCUCAGUAUGA